UUUUUGGCGGGCUGAAUUGCUGCUCUAUAAAUGGUUUCCGCGAACAAGAGCUGACGAUUAGUACCGCGGGACCCAUCAGUCCAGGAGGAGUUCGUAGCGUUUUGUGGUGACCCGAUAAGGAUAAGUUGUUCAGCAUGGCCAGCGCACUGUUAUGCCUGGUCCUGGCCGUAACCGGUGCCCUAGCGGGUCCGCUGGACCUGCUGCCGGAGCGGGUCUCCGACGAGAUCGCCCCCCGCGCCGAGCUGGUCGACUACCGGCUGGGCGAUAACUUCUGGCCGUCGCACUACGACAUCGAACUCACGCCGUACUUCGCAGACGAAGGCACCCACAAGGCGUUCACGUUCGACGGCAAGGCCGUCGUUACGUUCCAAACGGCGAUCGCCGGGUUGACGAGCAUCAAGCUGCACGCCGCCAAGCUGACCAUCGCUUCGGUGUUCCUGAAGCAAGGAGUUGCGGACGUUCCCGUUCAGAUUGGAGCCUGGGACGAGGAGACGCAAAUCAUGACAUUGACCGUUGGUCAGGCGCUAACGCAGAAUGUCGACUAUCAGCUGAUCUUCAACUACGUUGGUCUACUGGACGAUGACAUGCAUGGGUUCUACCGCAGCUACUACAACGUUGCCGGAAAGCCGGUGUGGAUGGCAUCAACCCAGUUUCAGCCGACCCAUGCGAGACGUGCAUUCCCGUGCUUUGAUGAACCCAGGUUCAAGGCUACGUUCCAGGUGACCAUUGUUCGUCUGAAUGGUCACAGGACGUUCUCAAACACUCCAAUUCUGUUGAGCACUGAUGUUGGUGGUGGCCGAACCAUGGAUCAAUUCGGGAAGACCCCGGUUAUGUCGACGUACCUGUUGGCAUUCAUCGUGGCCGAUUACAUCGUGAAUGAGAAAGAAGGUAUGGGUAUCCUGGCCAGACCUGAAGCUCGCAACCAGACCGAUUACAGUCUGCAAGCCGGUAUCGACAUUCUGAAAGCGAUCGAGACUUGGCUCGAUUACCCGUACAAUAGCGUUCCCGAAAUGUCUCGGAUGUACAUGGCUGCGGUGCCGGACUUUUCGGCUGGAGCUAUGGAGAACUGGGGUUUGCUGACGUACCGUGAGACCAACAUCCUGUACCGUAGUGACGACUCGACCAGCUUGCAGCAGCAACGUAUCGCCGCCGUCAUUGCCCACGAGAUUGCGCACAUGUGGUUCGGAGAUCUGGUCACGUGCCAGUGGUGGGAUGUGACGUGGCUGAACGAAGGCUUUGCCCGGUACUUCCAGUUCUUCGGAACGGCUUUUGUGGAGCAGAACUGGGGCUUGGAGCAUCAGUUUGUCGUUGAACAGCUUCAGGGUGUCUUCCAGAUGGACAGUCUCGAGUCGACUCAUCCAAUGACCUCCGACGUCUACACCCAAUCCCAAGUCAGCAACAUCUUUGACAGCAUCUCGUACAACAAGGGAGCUGUCACGUUAAGAAUGGUGGAGCAUAUUAUGACCACGGAGAAGUUCCGUGAAGCGCUUCGAGCUUACCUCAAAAAGCAGGAAUUUAAAACAAGUCGACCGGAAGACCUUUUCGAAUCCUUGGAAGCGAUUUAUCCAUCCAUUACCAAUUUCAUGAAACCUUGGACGACUCAAGCCGGCUACCCUCUAAUCACGGUCACCGGAAGCAACGACGGGUUCUCUCUAACCCAGCAGCGAUUCCUGCUGAACAACAUGGCCCACAGUGACAAGACGCUGUGGCCAGUUCCGGUCACGUACGCUACCAAAGCCGCCGACUUUACCAACACCAAGCCGGGUGCCAUCAUGACUGGGGAGACGCACAAGAUCACGCUCGCCAACCCCAGUGAGCUGCCUUACUUUAUCCUGAAUAACCAGCAGGUCGGCUAUUACCGGGUCAACUACGACGCGGACAACUGGGCCAAGAUCAGCGCUGCGCUACGAUCGGAGAACUUUGGCGGAAUCCAUGUGCUGAACCGUGCCCAGAUCGUGGACGACCUGCUGAACCUGGCUCGCGCUGGUGUUGUCAAGUAUGACGUCGCGCUGGAAGUUCUGGAAUAUUUGAAGGACGAAACUGAGUACGCCCCGUGGUUGGCGGCUGUCAAUGGACUGACGGUGCUGUCGCGCCGAAUUCACGCCGAAGAUGACGAGAUGUUUGCGAAAUACAUCGUGAACCUGUUCAGCAAGGCAUACGAACUGGUCAAGUUCGAGGCUCCGGCCGCCAACGAGGAUCGUAUGCGCACCUACCUGCGCAUCAACGUGCUCCAGUGGGCUUGCAACUACGGUCACGCCGACUGCAAGAAGGCCGCCGUCGAUGAGUUCAACCGGUACUACGAGGAUCCCAGCGUUAAGGUUCACCCGGACCUGCGCCAGGUCGUCUACUGCGAGGGUAUUCGCCAGGGCACGGACAAGCACUUUGAGUUCCUGUGGAAGCAGUACCUGACUACGAAUAUGGCUACCGAGCAGAUUCUGAUCCUGCAGGGUAUUGGUUGCGCCCAGGAUCGAGAGUUGGUGUUCACCGUCAUGGACGCGAUCACCUCGGACGACAUCCGCCCUCAGGACAAGAGCGCUGCGUUCACCUACCUGUUGAACAACCCUUACACCUACGACCACCUCUCGGAAUAUCUGCGAACGUACUACGUGCGAUGGGUCAAUGCUCACGGAUCCUACAUGACGGUGGCGUCCGCGCUGAACAACCUGCUGGCCCGCGUCAAGACCGACGAGCAGAUGUGGCGCAUCCGGUCGUUCGCGGCCCGCAACGAGGAGGUCUUUGGGGCGGCGGCAUCCGCGUCGAUCGCGCGUGGCGUCGAGGACUACACCAAAAACCAGGAGUUUACCGCGAAGUAUCGCGCGGUGAUCGGAGGCUUCCUGGAGGCCAAGCUGAAGGACCAGCCGGAUGGUGCGUCCGCGAUGGCGGUUAGCGUCGUCACGACGCUGGUGGCGUUCGCCGUGGCCAUGCUGCGAUGAGGGGGCGUGAAGUUUUUUUUUUUUUGAGUUAGAUUCUAGUCGUGUAUGUGUGUGUGGUAGGAAUCGUAAAGUUAAUAAAUUGCUGCAAAAAA